AUGUUUCCCCAAAUUAUGGAAAGUUCGGCACAACAGUUCGCCCUACAUGGCCUCUGUAACUGGGCCAAAGCUGUUUCGUGUUUUUCCCAUCAAUUUCUGGUGCUGCCCGAGCCACGUGCCGGGGGGUUCGCUGGUCGGAGGGCAGAGAAGCGCCGCCAUACGCGGGGCCGUCCCGGCAGCGGCGGGCGAGCGCCGCUGCACACGCGAGCAAACGGGACGCGGCAGCGCACGCCGGGGCCGGAGCAGGUGAAGAUGACACCGGCUGCCGGUCGCUCCCGGCCCUGUCUCGCCCUGAGCAGAGGGAGAGCCACAUGGGCUGCGGAGAAAGGAGUGCCCGAGCCGAGAGUCAGCACUUCCGCCCUCCCGCUCGCCUCUGGCCCCACCGCGCCGCUCCCUCAGGCUCCGCCGGGCGCUCGCAGCCGUCGCCCCGCGCAACGCCGGCCGACACGGAGGCUGCGGGCGGGGCGGGCACCGGCGGCCGCAAUGUGGGAAGGCGGCGAGCGGCAGGCGGCAAAGCCCGACCGCCUGGCGCUGGAGCUGGGGCGGGAGAGGCAGAAGAAGCAGAUGCUUGAAAUCUCAAUAUUUGAACUGAGAAACACUGUAACAGAACUGGAAAAAAGACUUAACAGUAUUGAAGAUGAAGGUAAUGAAUGGAAAACCAGAUAUGAGACACAAGUAGAAUUGAAUAAACAGCUGGAAAGGCAAAUUAAUAUCCUUCGAGAUAAGGUGGAGCUUAUUCGUGGAAAUCCAGCAGAUAAAUUGUCCAUUGUUCGCACAUUUGAUCAUAUGCCUGUGGGUUCCUUAAAGAAGGUUCUUAAACAGCUAGAAGAAGAGAAGAGUCGUCUCCAGAGUCAGCUAAAGGACUAUGAACUUAGACUGAAACAGGAAGCAAAGGCUUACCAUAAAGCUAAUGAUGAGCGGCGCACGUACCUCUCAGAGACCUUACAGACCUCAGCUCCACUUAAAAUUGUUGAAAGGCAAAAACCAGAUGCUCUGACUGGCAAGGGAGAAAAACAGAUACUGAGAGGGAGAUACAGUGUUCCAGGAAACCCGAAGAUGGUUAGUCCUCGAAAACGAUCAAUUAAAAAGACUGUAGGAGUGAACAAGCUUCCACAACUAAAGCACUGAUAUAAUGUUCCUGCCAAGAAUUUCCAGUCACUUUUAAAAGUGAUUAAAAGUUUCUAAAUUGAAAAUGAAAGUAUUAGUGCCUUAUUGUAAUGCCAGAACCAGAUUGGCAUGUCUUCUUGGCAGCCUUAAUGUAAGUGUGCCUCUGUCUAAUGGAAUUUUUCUUCUAGUUGCCAUCUUUCCACUGGUGAUCUCUGAUCCUUUCCAUUCUGCUUCGCAUCAGUGAUUCUGGAUGUGAGGAUGUUAGAAUACUUGGAGAAUAUUUAAUGUCUUUAUACACUAUGUAGACCCUUGAGCUCUGCACAUUAACCAUGGAAAACAAACAUGCCUCUAGCAAUUUUGACCUCUCAACCAAGAAGAAGAAAAAGGCAAACUGAUGUAACCUAUUGUCUCAAACAUAACCUUUUUAAAAGCUGGCUUGCCACAGAUCCUGUGUUGACUCCCACUUUCCGUCUGCAUGGUUCAGAAGCACAGCACCAUUUCCAGCUACUUUAGGCAGUAGUAAUGGGUAGAAAUAACAGAAAAAUUGAGCACUUUUUAUUAAGGAUUCUUCAGAACCUAUCUUAUCAAGAGGUUGUUUCUUUUAAACACUAUAUCCAUGUUAUUUUUCCUGAUAUUGGUAUGUUGCUCUUUGAAAUUUGAACUCUCAGAUGAACCCUUGUAUCCAAAGUCUGUGUUCCAUAAAAAUCUCUUGUAUUCUUCAGUGGCACUGAUCCCUGUACUUUUAGGGUCCAAAAUAGUGCCAGCCCUAAAAUUCAUCUCUUCAGUGAAAAUAGAACUACUUUGUCUUUUCAUUCUUAAGCAUGCAAUUAUUGUUGCAGUUUUAUUACCUACAUUUUAGUCAUUACACUUCAGCAGAAAUUUUUCAAGUGGCAACAGGAAAAAAGUUUUGAUAAUGAAGCUUCAAGCCUCUGGGUUGCAUCUUAAAAGCUCUUGGCAGAGCAAAUCUGAUUGCUUGACUGCCCUUUAUUAUUUUAAGAGCAUCCCUAGCUCUUUGCAGUAUGAAAGCUUUUUGCCUCUUUAAGAGCAGUACUAAUAGCUCUUUAUUACUGGCAGCAUUAAAGUGUUGCUGUAAUUAAACUCAUCCAGAAAGACCAAGGGUGUCAUUCUGAAAUGCAGAGGGAAAAGACCUGCAGCCUAUUCAGUAUGGAAACCCCAUUUUUUUCUCUUACAUAGUAUGAAAUUUAUUACGAAUAUUUCUAAUGCUACCAUAAUGCACCUGGUAUUAUUCUUUCGUAAGCAGGGUGAUCUGCCUGGCCAGUUUUUUUCCUCACAGCAUAGCACAGCUGAUUAGGUUAGCACUCUUCUGUUCCUGUUUUUCGCCUGGAAAAUUUCUGAAGGUUGAUUGUGCUGGCAUUUGUCUUUCUGGAUAAGAAAAGGGGAAAAAUCUCCAUAAUGGUCCUAUUGACAUAAAAGACAAGGGACAUCUGCAGUAGUAAAGAAGAUUGAGUUCUUGGAUUCAUGCAGCAGACAUUUACUACUGCUGAAUCAAAUGUUAGUUAAUGCGCUCAAGUCUGGACCCUAUAGAACCUCAGAAUGGGUGGAAACAUUGCACAAAUAUGGCAGAACAGCAUUUAUUCACAGCAGGAGACUUGGAUGCUUCCCUCAUGCGUGGUCCACACUGAGGACUUAAAAAGAGACUUUUUUUGAAGCCUAAAAAGAGACAUUUAUUGGUACAGUUUGGUACAGUAAUGACCUAAGGAGAAGAGCAGACUAUAUCCUAUUUAGUCCCUGUUUCAGCUUGCCAGGAGCAAUCUCGGGAUUUGAAAUUCAGUGGUAUGAUAAUUAAGCACUAAAACAUUCUAAUUCUAAUCCAAUGUCCAGCUGUAAUGUUUGCUGUGCGAAGUGGCUAUAGUUCUGUACUCUUACUUUGAAUUAUUUGGCAUUUCAUUUUCUUUCUGUCUUUCUGAAAAUAAGGACAAACCUGACGAUUAAGUUUGACAACUCUCCUUUCUUUGCAACAGCAAAUGAAGAUUUUGGGUUCAGAAAUGCUGUGUUGUCUCUUUGGACCUAAAUAAAACUUUUACACUUCUAGCUA